AUGGCGGAGCCGGGGCCGGAUUGCAGCUCUCUGCUCGACGAGGAUCUUUCCUCCUUCGUCUUCAGUUACCUCGCUGAUAGCCAGUAUGAGGUGUCUGGCGAGGAGCACCUCUACUCUGACUUCCCGGAGAUUGAUUUGUCUCAGCUGGAUGCCAACGACUUUGACUCUGCAGGCUGCUUCAGCGAGCUGCAGUGGUGUGGGGAGCACUCAGAGACUGACUCCAGCCAGUACAGCACCGACGACUCCGAGCUCCUCCAGAUAAUAGACAGCGAGAACGAAGCGCUGCUGGCAGCCCUCACCGAGACAUUGGAUGAUAUACAUGGAGAUGACAUGAGCCUGGCUGCCUUCCGAACUAUGGAAGAGGGGGACACACUCAACCAUGCCUACACCUCGCCUGCCCCCUCCCCCAAACCCACCGUCCCGGUCACGGGUGGGCCACCCCCGGCCCCCGAGUUUGAUGAGCUGUCUCUACUGAAGAAGUUGCUCCUCUCUCCAUCACAUGUGCCUCCGAGCUGUGAGGCUCAGCGGGAUGGGAGCGCCCGGCACCCAGGGACCCCUAAGUCCCGACCCGCACGGCCCUGCACAAAGGUGGAGGGUCCCCGGGACAGAAAGGUGAGUGUCCCACAGACGCAGAGCCGCAGCUGCACCGAGCUGCACCGGCACCUGACCUCCACCACUCCUUGCUCCCAGACCAAAGGCCCUGGAGCCCCUGAGGAGUGCCACCACCACCACCCUUCCCCAGGUGACUGCAUUCAUCACGAGGAUGACAGUGACUCCAGUGAGGACUCACUGAGUUCUGGUGACUCAGUGACCCCCUCCUCCUUGGCAGAUGAUGGCCCCAGAAGCCAGUACUGUGAGGGGGAGAUGCACUCGGUGGUGGAACUCAUCCGCUAUAUGCACACCUAUUGCCUGCCAGCGCGAAAGAUGCCUCUCCGUGACACGGCUGAUGCCAAGUCCCAGCCUUGCAGCAGCCCCUUCAAGAGAGCAAAACCGGACUGCCCUGCAAAGCCAGGCACCCCUGUCAGUGCCCAGAGCCCACCAGGCUGCACCUGGCAAGUGUCUGGGGCCUGCAAGAAGCCCGGAGCAUCCUUUUCUAUCCUGAAGGAACUGCUGGCGCGGGACCUGCUGUGUGAUGUGAGCAAGCCAUACCGCCUGGGCAAGCCUGUAUAUGCUGCCCUGACCCAGCCACCUGGCUCCCACUCCCCUGUGUCACCACCCCACGAUGGGGAGGAUGCCACUGGGACCUGCACAUCCAGAGCCAAAACAGCACCAGAGAAGGGUGAGCCACAGCAGAGCCCCAGGCCCGAGGCAGAGGCACUGCGGGAGCCGAGUGGACUUGAGCACGAUGCUGGGAAGUGUGUGAGUGUCCUGGGGGUCGCUGCCGGGAAGGUGGCCCGCAAGCAGGAGAGCACCAUUUAUGCUGUCCGUCGAUCCAAGAGACUCAACCCUGAGCUUGGCCACUGGCUUUCCUUCCUUGAUGAGCCAUCUCCUGACCCCUCCAGCCCCAGGGAGACAGGGGACAGCCGCAGCCCCCAGAAUGCUCUAAUGUACAGGCAACCCACACUGUGCCCAGCGCUGGAGGGCUUCUCUGCUGAAGAGCCUGCAGCUGAAGUGGAGGUGGGGGGCACAGCACCACCAGCGGAGCUCCAGCCACUCUCCCUGUGCUCCCCGGGGCAUGGUGAGGUGGGUGAUGGGACUGAGAGCCGGCGCUGUGCCCUCCUGGAGCAAGCAGAAACACCUCGGUGUCUCACGCUGUCCUUGGCACAAACUGACCCAACCUUUGGGAAAAGAAACUUUGAGCCAAUGCUGACUGUGGAGCUGUGUGGGACAGCAGGUCUCACGCCACCCACCACUCCACCAUAUAAGCCGGCCGAGGAGGACCUAUACAAGCCAGACAUCCCCCAGGAGCCGGGGAAGGAGGAUGGGACAGCCCACAGCCCCAGGGGUGCAGGGGAUCUGGCAGCUUCCCAGAAAGCCCCCAGGAAGCACCCGGAGAGGACAGAGCUCUUCGCCCACCUGAGCCGAGCCACCGGGCACCCCGCACCCCCUGAGCAGCAGGGCGUGCUCAAGCGGCCCUUCUCCUGCUCCUUUGGGGACCAUGACUACUGCCAGGUGCUGAAGCCCGAGGCCACGCUGCAGAGGAAGGUGCUCAAAUCGUGGGAGCCCCCGGGCCAGGUAGAGUCGGACCACAAAAGGAGGAUCCCGGCUGCCCACUACCAGGGACUGGACUUCAGCAGCAAGGAGGCAGGCGGCGAGAUGCUGUGGAAGAAUGGUGUCAAGCAGCUGAGAGACCAGGAGAUCAGAGCCAGCUUAACGAAGCACUUUGGCUUUCUGGACAGUGCUCUUGAUGAUGAGGACAUGGCCUUCUGCAAGACCCCCGAGUAUGACAAUGUCUUUGAAGAUAGCUGCAGUGAGAGUGGCUCCCUCGUGGAGGAGGAGGAGGAGGAAGAGGACGAGGAGGAAGAACAUGGCGAUACCAAGCUGUGCCUGCGGAGAAACAUCCUUUCCAGGACCAGUUCACAUUACUGUUCCCGGAGCAGGUCCAGCUCAGGGUCUUCGUGCUGCCGGUCCCGAUCACCCGCGAGCAGACGCACCUUCAGGUGUGAGAAUGGUGAGCAGUGUCAGAGCAGGAGCAGGCACCAGGGCCAGCUGGAGAAGAGACGAGAAAAGGCCAUCGGGGAAGGCCGGGUGGUGUAUGUCAGAAACCUCUCCAGCAGCAUGAGCUCCAGUGAACUGAAGAAACGCUUUGAGGUCUUUGGUGAAAUCGUGGAGUGUCAGGUCCUGUCUAGGACUAACAGGGGAGAUAAAUACGGCUUCAUCACCUACCGGUAUUCAGAGCAUGCCGCCUUAUCUCUGAAGAACGGCACCUUGCUAAGGAAGAGGAAUGAGCCUUCCUUCCAGCUCAGCUCUGGUGGCCUCGGGCACUUCUUCUGGACCAGAUACACUGACCUGGACUGCAGCGCGGAGGAGUCCUCCUCGGCUCCAGUGAGAAGCAAGUACGAGGCGAUGGAUUUCGACAGCUUGCUGCAGGAGGCCCAGCUAAGCCUGCAUCGGUAA